AUGGCUGGAAAUUUUUGGCUUAGUUCUCAGUGUGAACAAUGGAUCUUAGAUAAGCAAGAUAUACUAAGAAUGAGAGGUGAGGACCUAAAGAUUAUUACGGAAGAGGAAUACACGAAAGUAAUGAUAUUCUUUUGCAAUUUUAUUCAUGCUAUUGGCACAGACGGCCAGAGUCAGCCGAAAAUGAGAAUGCAAGUUAUAGCGACAGCUUGUGUAUAUUUUAGGAGGUUUUAUGCGAGGCGUUCGCUGAAAGACAUUGAUCCAUUUUUGUUGGCCCCCACCGCAUUAUUUUUGGCCUCGAAAGUUGAGGAGCAUGGAAUGAUGUCUACUAGUAAGCUUACCACUGCUACGAAUAAUGCAUUGAAGAAAUGGCCAUACAUUCAGCAAGAGCUUGUUAUUCGGCCGCAGAAUAUUCAAGAGGCUGAGUUUAUUCUUAUUGAAAUAAUGGACUGCAGUCUUAUAGUGUAUCAUCCAUAUAGGCCAAUGAAUUUAAUGAUAAAUGAUAUGAAAAGUCAGCUAAUGAACGACAUGAAGAGGGAACAGAAAGAUUCGCGAGAUCAGAGGACUUUGGUGAACGUUGAACAUAAAGAUAUUGAAUCUUUGGCGGCAACUGGCUGGAAGAUUUGCAAUGACUGUACGCGUACCGACCUUUCUUUGAUGUAUCCGCCAUAUCAAAUCGCUAUAGCUUGUUUACUUGUUGCUUCAAUUUGGAUUAACAAGGAACGAGAGUUGAAGAACUGGUUUGCUGAGUUAGCAGUAGAUCACGAAAAGAUUUGGGAGAUCAUUAAGCUCAUUUUGAAUUUCUACAGUAUUUGGAAAACUUUUGAUGAAAAAGAACAAUUAAUGCCAAUAUUACAAAAAAUGCCGCGCCCAAGUCCCGGUCCUCAAAAUAGUAGUGGUAAUGGUAUGGUACAGUCGCAUUCUCAUGGUAACCUCUCUAUGAACAAUAUGAAUGUUCACCAGAAUAUCAGUAUGGGUCCGCCACAGAUGCCACCCACAGGAAGUUUGCCUCAUUAG